AUGUUUGACAACGUUGCAAGUACAAGUACUUCUACGAGUGCUCCUACGGCUAGUCUCCUGACGGUUUUAAAGGGUAGCACUUUCCUUGAAUUAACACGAGAAGACCUUUUAAGUAUCAAAAUACCUCUUGGAACAGCUAAAAGAAUCUUAAAACUGAUUAAACUUGAGGAAAUUAAAUUUUUGAAAUAUGAGAACUUCUAUCUGAGGUUUUCUAAUAUGCAAAAUUCUGCCUCUUUGUACAGACUUUUGCGUAAUCAAAAAACUAUCAAACGUUGGAAAAUUGAGAUCGAGAUCAAUAUAAUAAAGACAAGAAUAAUUAGCGAAAAUGCAUUUGGGGAUAUACGUGAACUUCCUCCUGAACAAAAUCUAAGAAAACCCAACCGUUUUGUAGAUACUGGCGACCGAAAGCAAGAUCAAGUUUACCCUGAUAUCAUAAUUGGCCUUGACGAAUUCUACAGUGAACUGACAGCAAAACCACCUGAUUUAUCAAAGGGUUUGGGUUGGAAGAUCAAAAAUGAUAUAAGGGAUAAUUCAAAAUUAACUGAAGGAAAAGAUGGGAAACUUUGGCAAUUUGUCAAAAUUAAACUCAUCUCAGAUGAUUUUAAUAACCUAAAAUUCAACUUUGAGGAAAGUAUUGAUUAUGAAUGGAAUAAAAGAACAGCCUCAAUUAUCGCUGACAUAAUUUCUCGCUAUCAUAAAGACCUAUCGAUGAAAACUUCUGGUAAAAAAAAAGAAUCUCAAAAUAACGAUGAAACCUAUAUGUAUAGGAAUAAGUCAUCAAUUUCUUCCGAAAGUCUCUUGGCUUCUUUCAUCAAAGAGACACAAGUACGUGAUUAUAGAAUAAAGGAUGCCGUUUUGAAGAUACAUGCUUAUGGUUACACACAUAGAGAUGUGGCUAUACAAAACGUUAUACAGAGAAAUGGCCAUUUUUAUCUUAUUGAUUUCGGCCUUGCAACUCCGUUGCAACUUCACUCUGAUUCACGUUAA